GACACUCACUGGAGGGUAUUGCAGCUGCUAGUAACAGUAGGUUGUCUUGUGAAGUGGGUUGGUUGCUGUGUUGGUGCUGCUGCAAUGAAAACACCAGCAGUUGAUGGAGAGACAGGAGCCAGUUCAUUAAUUACUAAGAUUUCAGUGAUAUCCUUUUUGACCUGGUGUCUGAGAUAAGUAUGAGGAGGUUCCAGGCGGUCAGAGGGGUUUGCUGUACCGGAGAAAUCAUCCCUGGUUUUUGCACGCUGCCUGUUAACACCCUUCACUGAGCAGUGCUUUGUGGGCCAUAUCACAGGAGGAAUUUGUCUUCAUGAAGAUUCCUGACAUUGGUAAUGUGAUGAAUAAAUUUGAGGUCCUUGGGAUUGUAGGUGAAGGAGCUUAUGGGGUGGUUUUAAAGUGUAGACACAAGGAGACCAAUGAAAUUGUGGCCAUUAAGAAGUUCAAGGACAGUGAAGAAAAUGAAGAAGUUAAAGAAACGACGCUGCGGGAGCUUCAGAUGCUUCGGACCCUGAAGCAGGAGAACAUCGUGGAGCUCAAGGAAGCCUUUCGCAGACGAGGAAAGCUGUACCUGGUCUUCGAGUACGUGGAAAAGAACAUGCUGGAAUUGCUAGAAGAAUUGCCAAAUGGGGCCCCACCUGAGAAAGUUAGAAACUACAUCUAUCAGUUAAUUAAAGCGAUCCACUGGUGUCACAAGAAUGAUAUUGUCCACCGAGAUAUCAAACCGGAAAAUCUUUUAAUCAGCCACGAUGACAUACUGAAGCUGUGCGAUUUUGGGUUUGCUCGCAACCUGUCCGAAGGCAGCAAUGCUAACUACACAGAGUAUGUGGCUACCAGGUGGUAUCGUUCUCCAGAGCUGCUGUUAGGAGCUCCCUAUGGGAAAGCUGUGGACAUGUGGUCUGUGGGUUGUAUUCUGGGGGAACUCAGUGAUGGGCAGCCGCUGUUUCCUGGUGAGAGUGAAAUCGAUCAGCUCUACACCAUUCAGAAAGUCCUGGGGCCACUGCCCCCUGAGCAAAUGAAGCUAUUCUACAGCAACCCUCGCUUUCACGGACUGCGGUUCCCUGCAGUAAACCACCCCCAGACACUGGAGAGAAGAUACCUUGGGAUAAUCAGUGGUGUCAUGCUUGAUCUUAUGAAGAACUUGCUGAAGCUAAACCCAUCAGAGAGAUACUUGACAGAACAGUGCUUGAACCACCUUGCCUUCCAAACCCAGCGUCUUUUGGAUCGCACUGGAAGUUCAUCACCUGCACGCUCCUCCAAGAAGAAGACCUAUCACGGGGAGAACAGCUCCUCCUCCAACAGAAACCAUGGAGGCAAAAGCGGUGGCUUGCAGGCACACCACCGAUCGAACAGCAAGGAUACACAUAGCCUACCACGGAGUGAGGACCACCACCAAACCAACGACAUCUAUCUCAACGGGAACCUGCCUCCCACUGCCGCUAUUAGCCCCACACAGCACCCCAAGAACAACCAGCAGCAUUCCCUCAACCGCUCCAUCUCCAGUAACAAGGACCUGGCCAACAACAACUUGCCUCACCUCCUUAGCCCCAAGGAUGCCAAGGGCAAGACAGAGUUUGAUUUUAAUAUUGGCCCAAAAGCCCCUGACGGCCCCGGCCCUGGCACCAAGUACCUAAAGUCCAGCUCCCGCUCCAAGCAGAACCGACAUUCAUUAAAAGAGGGUAAGAUUGGAACCUUCCAGUCGGGGGAGAAGCACAACCGCCACAGCUACAUGGAGACCAUGCAUAGCUCUAUGCCUCCUCCUUCAAAGAACAUGCCAUCCUACCUGACCCUCUCCAAGAGCCACGGGGCCCUCACAGACUCCAAGUCAGUGGGGAACCUCAGUGAAGCCCGGAUGCACCUGGAGGACCCCAGCUCGCGCUACUUCCCCUCCAGCUGCAUGGACCUCAACUCUCCCAGCAGCCCAUCAGUGCCCCGGCACAGUGACAACCGGCCAGCAGUCAGCCCCUCCAUGAGGAGCAACCGCAUGGAGAGCGGUACUCUGGACUCCCGGCGGCCACCCACUCGGCAUGCAAAGAACCUGGAGGAAAUCAAGUCGCCCGACCACAUAGAUGGUGGUGGAGGGCAUUCUCACUCUCUUUCGGCCCCCCAUGAGUCCUUCCCCUAUGGCCUGGGCUACACUAGCCCCUUCUCCUCCCAGCAGCGGCCACACAGGCACUCCAUGUAUGUGCGGCGGGAGCGUCCCCGGGGUCAGGGCAAUGACACAGGCCUCACCGUCGUCCAGGGAAUGCCGACCCGAGCCAGCAGCCUGCAGCUUCUCUCCCCGCAGCUGCAGCACAGGACACUAAACAUGCACUCUUCGGGGUCCUCGCGGGAGGACUGCACCGAUGACAAGAUCAGGAGUGACCAGUCCCCAACAGAAGGGAACCUCUCGCGACCCCCGAUUAAAGAUUCUUCACGGGACAACACAGCAUCAUUUCACUCACAGCGGCAAAAAGCUGAGGGGGGAGUAUACCAUGAUCCAUAUCCGGAAGAUGGGGCGUCCUCAAAGGAAAACAGGCAGAUGUAUACGGACUCCAUUCCCAGAAGAGUAGGGAGCUUUUACAGAGUUCCAUCACCCAGGCCAGAGGGAACAUUCCAUGACAACUCAAUUCAGAACAAGGCUUCUGCAGUCCCAGUGGAAAGCAACUUACUGUCUAAUCACUCAAAGAGACAAACUGCCUUUGAUCCAUGGAAAAACUCAGAGGAUACCAUCAGUCCUGCAGAGCCAUUAAAGGAGAAAGAAAAGCAAGGAUUCUUCAAAGCAAUAAAAAAGAAAAAGAAGAAAUCACAAACGACAGAAAACAACGAUGGAAAGAAUCCCAGCGUCAAGAAAUGCCUAUUCCCUCUUUUUAAUUCAAAGAAUAAUAUAAAGCAUAGCUCUUCCAUGAAAGCUCUUCCUGUAGUCACUUCGCCUAUGGUACCGGGCAGCGAUGGUCAAGAUCACCUGGCAAUACAGAAGGCCAUCCGAUCUAAUCAUCAAAGCAGCAGACACAGAAGCAGGGAUCGGGACCGAGAUAGGGAGAGGGACAGGGACAGGGACAGGGACAGGGACUGGCAUCCUGAUAAGAUGACCGAAGUCCAUUCUCAGAGCCAGCCAUUGAGGUCCCUCCGAAAGCUCCUCCACCUCUCUUCCUCCACCAACCACUCAGUCCCCUCUGAACUGCGCUUCCAGCCCCUUCCAAACCAGCCUUCUAAAGGGGGUUUUAGUGAGAGCCGUGGGCACCCCAGCAGUGGCUCCUCACAAUCCAAGAGCAGGCAGACCUUCCAGCUGCCAGGACAGAUGGAGCCCGGCUGGCAUGUGCCGGCUGUGAACCGCAAAAGUGGCGACGGGACCCCUUAUCCUGACCAAAUGCCUCCGCAAGGCAGCCAGAAUGGGCACAGCUUUAGCCGAUCGUCUCGUUCCCGGAUGCCAAACCUCAACGACCUGAAGGAAACAGCCCUGUAGUAUCAUUUCCCCCCUCCACUCCCCUUUCAGGGCUAGACACAUUCACUGUGCAAAACCACUCUGUGCCCAGUCUUGUUUUUAUAGAACUACCAAGUUUAGAGGUGUUUAAGUGGACAGCAGUCCAAGCAAUCAGGGCAAUGCUAAAAUCUGCUCUGAACUGAUAAAGUAAAUGGUUCUCUUCCCACAGGUUCAUCACUUAAAGACUUACAGACUCUCAGGUGAGACUUAUUACUGGUUGUAAUUAGUCUUGAUUAGUUCAGCGCAGAUUAAGAGAGAGUCUGAUUGCUGAGAUUGCUGGCAGUGGCAUCAUUUAAGCGACAAAUCAAAUCAGGUUGUUUUAAGCAAAACAGGACUAGGUGCAGGGUGAGUGAAUCUUUCUAGCUCUGUCCCUUUAAUAUUGUGUUUGUUGACUAGGAGACAAAACUAAAGUCAGGCUUCUGAAGCAGGUGCACCCUUUCCUCAAGGGUGAAGAUCUAUAUGUAUGUCUUAAUUUUUUUAAGCUUCCAUAUUUGAUAGAAUUUGUAAUAAUAUGUAUGAUGUUCUAAUUAUUACUUGCUAUAUUAUAGGUUACGGUUUUAAAAAAUAACAAUAAUUAUAAAAAUAAGGCAAUUUUAAAAUGUUAUGGAUAAAAGAGUGCAACAGCUUUAGUUUAUAUACACACAAAAAAAAACAGUAACAAGUUAUAUAUUUCAUCAAGCGUAUUUAUUCUAAAUAUUAACCUAGGUUUUCAGAACAAGUAUUGUAGUGACGAUAUAAAGUAUGCCAUGCUUUUUUAUAACCUUAACACAGUGACUUGGAGGCCUGUUUUCUGUCACAGAAGCAGGCCUACAUUCUGGUGGGUGCUAAUACCUGCAGUUAUAUACUAUUAUAUUUAUUUCAUAGGUCUUUUAUUAGGAGCUGGGGGCUUAGUAGGCAAUUGGUGAUCAAAAAGGGUCUAUUAUAAUGGUCUUAAAGACAGGCAGAUCUUAAAUCCAUCCAAAAUAUAGAAACCUGCUCUAUUGCUGACCUCAUUAUACUUCUGUUUAGUGAUGUUUCAUCCUUGUUGAAACACUAGCAGGAUUGAAACCGUUAAACAGCCAGUUUUAAGAUCCACCACUAUUUAGAUCACCAGCCCCAAUUUAUCUACACAGACGAAGAAUUGAAUAAGCUAGUCUGUUUACUAUAGUAGUUCACAGCAUUACACAGAGCAGGACCUGAUAAGCAGGGGGUCUCUGAAUGCUUAGGCACACACAACCUAAUAGUGCAACCUUGCCUUAAGCAUAUGUAUUUGUGGCUUGCUGGGCCACCAAGGUCACACUGUUACCAGCGUACUGUGUCAUUUUCUGGUACAACAGAUUGUGAAUAGGUUGUGAAGACGUCAUAAGCGAUUGCUUAGCGAAAAGCAAUUAGUCAAGGUGGGAAAGAUUGCAUACAAUAUUAACAAGAUCAGAUCUGUACCAUGCAUUGUUAACCCUGUAAUGAUCAGUUAUAAUAACUAAUACGCCUUGAAAUGUGUUGAAAAGAAAGUUAUGAAUAGCACUGUAUGCUUGUUAAUAUGAACAGGCUACAGCAAUGGUGUUAUAUAAAGGAUGUAAUUAAGGUAUUAUAAUAAGCUUGAUAAUUACUUUUCACAACACAAAGCUUUCCACUAGUAUUGUCAGAUAUCAGAUAUUGUGAUAUUUUAAUACCAUGUUAUAGACGUAUAUCUUAAUGGUUCCUUACACUGACGUGUAAACAGUACAUUUGCUUGAAAGGACAUUAAACAUUUAAUUUUAUAAAGACUAGCAGCUGUGCAUUUUACAGCUAAUUUCCCCCAAAGUUUUUACAUAUAUUGUUUAAAUCAUGUAUGACCCAUCUUUACUCAGCAGUCUGUGACAGAAAACAACCACGAUCAGUGCUUUGGUUCCUAGAACAAGUGAUAACUGAUCUAAGUAUUUUAUGAAAAACAAACAUAUCUCAGUAAAGUCUAUCAGUUUCCUUUAAGAUGCACUUUAAAUACAGGCUUCAUAGAGUCAGAUUUUUCUCUUCUCUUUGUAUUAAGUGAUAUUAUAAUAUGAUAUAUAUACACACACACACACACACACACACACACACACACACACAUAUGAUUUAGUUACUGCCUGAUCUGUAUGGCAGACACAGACUUUUGUAAUGUAUGUAUUGUGUUCUGUGUUUUCCAGAUGUGUUAACUAAAAGUGUGUGUGUGUAUCUGCUGUUAUAUUUUACAGAGGUUCAUGUCUUUUAUAAUUGUCACAUUGAACAACAUAGUGUAUUAUAUUAAUACCAAUGUGUGAUCAUUUCUUUGGUAAGUAUUUAUAAAACUUUAUAGACAAACUUUAGUGAAAGCUCCAAAAAACAAAAAGGGUCACUAUUAUCCAUUUUCUUUCAAGGCACUUUGAUUUAAAAAUGUAUAAAAAUGUGUUGUGUGUGUGUGUGUGUGUGUGUGCGUGUGCCAGAAAGAAUCAUAAAUAGAAACAGAUUUCUUUAUUUUUAAUUUUUAUUUUUUGUUUAAUAGUUUUCAGGGAUAGCCAAAAAGUUAACUAAAGGUUUCUUAAGUUUUUUUUUUUUUAAGCUGCAUCAUAGUAUUAGAAGCAGCUAAUGAGUUGAUGGUUGCCUUUUUAACUUACUGUGACAUAUAGAGUCUCCUCAUUAGUAAAUAGAAGGGGUUGCCUGCUUCCUUAUAAGACUGUACUUUGCUGGCUUAUGUAAAGUUGUCACAAAUGUCAGUCUUCUUACAGAUUCUAUCAUUUUACAGUUGCUGCUUUCCAAGAUUGAAAAAGUAUUUUAAUUCAAUAGAAUACAUUGCCAUACGAUGCAGUAUCUGAAAAGAGCAGGGCAGAUCACAUUAAACACUGUCCAAAAAUGUUACUUUUUAACAUACCCUUCUCCUAGCUCGGAAACCCAAGAACUAUGGCCACUAUCUUUUUAACAGUUCAGCCACAUUUUGUUGAUAGAACUUCCAAACAUGUCUUUGAGACACAAAUAUGUUAAGGGUAAUUGGAACUAUGUACACUAUGUUAUGUAAAAAGGUUACAGAAUUGUUGUUGGGAUUUCAAAUGGCCUGGAAAUUACACUGUAGGGGGACAACUUAAAAGAGAGCUUGGCAUAGUCCUGAAGGGGUUAGCGAUCCUUGUGAAACCCUCACGUACAGUAGGGGGCAGUGUGAUUGUUAAAAUGGUCUGCAAAACAGGACCCAGGGCAAUGAAAACCCAUCUUAAAAAUCUGACCUGCAUGCAGGAGAAUUCAUUCUUCACACAUAGAAGGUCCUGUUCACAAAACUCCUGAGUUUUUAAAGUCUUUUCUAGACUUGCUGGUUUAAAUAACUCCCUGCUGGCAGACCUGGGGUCAAUCACAUUGUAAUUGUGUCAUUUGUAAUUCAUUGCAAUUACAAUGUAAUUGGAGUUGAACCUUGGCACACCUGCAGAAUUGCAUUUAUAAUUCUAAUUGUCAUUACCAUAUAAUUGAUCAAUUACACACCUUUACAAACGUAAUCAUUCACAGUUCCAUGUUGUGUUUUACAUUGAGCGAACAUUCUUCUUGUAUUUUCAACCACUUUUAGUGACCCCAUUUGUUUGAGAAAGCGUUAUAUAGUAUGUUUCUGUAUUUGUACCUGUGAUUACUGCUUGGUAGAAUAAACAGAAUAAACAUGUUAA